GGCCGGAACCGGAGCGCCGCCGCCCCCUGCACAUGCGCGGUGCGGCGCCCGCCCGUAGGCCCGGGCCUCCCUUCAGCCCGGGCCCGGGACGCCCGGCCUCGGCGGCUGCCGCCCGACGAAAGACCAUGGGCAGGACGGAGGCCAGGUGUCACAGGAGAACUUCACUCUUUUGUUACAAGAAUUAAGUGGCACCCAGAAACGGCAGCGAACUACCGACCUUCUGCUGGGUGGAUGACAGCAUCAUUUACAAUGUCUCUUCCAUCCUGGCAACUCAGCAAAGAGUUAGCGUUCCCAGGCUGCUGGAGCCCUUCCAUGUUAAUGGAUGACAUUUGAUAUGUGCCCUGUUAGUCCUGCGCUAGGACUCGGUGACCGGUGGGGUGCCUGAUGCCUGUAAUCCCCAUUCCCCGCCGGGUCCGUUCGUUCCACGGCCCCCACACGACCUGCCUGCAUUCGGCCUGUGGCCCGGUACGGACCACGCACUUGGUGCGCACCAAGUACAACAAUUUUGACAUCUAUCUCAAAUCCCGAUGGAUGUACGGAUUCAUUCGUUUCCUGCUGUACUUCAGCUGCAGCCUGUUUACCUCCAUCCUCUGGGUGGCACUCUCUAUCUUGUUUUGCCUUCAGUACCUUGGCAUCCGGAUCUUUCUGCGUUUCCAGUACAAACUCUCCAUCAUCCUCCUCUUACUGGGGCGAAGGCGAGUGGACUUCAGCCUCAUGAAUGAACUGCUCAUCUAUGGAAUUCAUGUGACCAUGCUGCUAGUGGGGGGGCUGGGAUGGUGCUUCAUGGUAUUUGUGGAUAUGUAAAUAAAACAAGCGCAUGUGGGCUAAGAA